AUGGGCAUGAGCAAGAAGUGCACUGCUGUUGAUUCGCUCUCCGAUGCUUCUUCUACAUCUUCUCGUGGCAGCAAAGUCGCCGACGGUCCCAGCAAGAAGCCGGCAACGAUUGAAAUGAGUGAAGAGUGCAGAGGUGGUGAAGAGUAUUCGGAUCGCCGUCUCUUCAUUUCAAACUUCCCGUUCUCGUGGCAUGAGGAUGAUCUUCGCGCCUUCCUUGAGGAUUAUGGUCCGGUGAUGGAAGUCAACAUUGUCUACAAUGAGCGCGGCAGCAAAGGAUUUGGCUUCGCUACCAUCGACGACCCUGAUCGCUGCUACCGUGCCCGCAUGGAGCUAAACCACACUGUUGUGCAAGGACGCCGGGUUGAAGUUCCGGCUCGGUCUACGGCAAUCUCUUCGCAAAUCCUUUCAACAACGCCAUGGGAAGUGCCGACAAUUUUCCGGAUCAACCGCUGCAGCCCGGCUACCUGCAAAACUAUGGUCGUCCGGAACAGGAUC